AUGAGGGCAAAGUUUUGGUUUCCCAUUUGGUAUCUGUUUGGAUUAAGUGGUGCACUUGAGACAUUAUGCAGCCAAGCGUAUAAAGCAAGAAGGUACAAGAUGCUGGCGAUACAUCUGCAGACAUCAUGUAUCAUAUCAUUCUUCUCUUCAACUGUGAUUGCUGUUAUCUGGUGGUAUUCCGAUACAAUUCUGAUUAAUUUGUUUCAUCAAGAUCGUGACAUAGCUAAAGAAGCAGGGGUGUUCUUGAAAUUUCUUAUACCUGGAUUGUUUGCAUAUGGUGUUUUGCAAAAUGUUUUGAGAUUUCUUCAGGCACAGUCAAUGCUAGAGUCAAUAGUUGGGCUUCCAUGGGCAUCUUUCGUUAUCCACAUUUGUAUUAUUCCGUAUGCCUUGGUUCAUUGGAUAGGUCUUGGUUUUAAAGGAGCAUCAUUAGCAACAUCCAUUUCGAUCUGGAUUUCACUCCUCAUGAUGGGUCUGCACGUGUUUUUCUCGAAUAGCUGCAACCAUAUUGUCUGGGAUGGUUUCUCAUUCGAGCCAUUUCAUCAUAUCCUUACAUACUUGAAGCUGGCUUUGCCCUCUGCUGCCAUAGUCUGUUUGGAGUACUGCGCUUUUGAGAUUCUUGUGUUAUUGGCUGGUUUGAUGCCAAACCCGGAAACAACUACUUCCAUAAUUGCAAUGAGUGUAAAUACCCAAGCCAUCGUCCACUUGAUAUUUUCCGGUGCAGGCGUAGCUGCAAGCACCAGAGUUGCAAACGAGUUAGGAGCUGGAAAUCCUGACAGAGCUAAACAUGUUGUGUCUGUUACUCUCGUGCAAUCUAUUGUUGUAGGUCUUGAUAUUUGGUUGACUCUAUUUUGUUAUCAUAUUUCCUGGGCUGGCUUCUUCAGUGAUAGCGCGGAGAUAAUUAACAAAUUUGCCUCCAUGACACCUCUUCUUUUAAUAUCCAUUAUAUUUGAUAUCUCUCAAGGAAUUUUAUCAGGGGUGGCUAGAGGAUGGGGGUGGCAGCGUUGUGCUAUGUGCAUCAACUUGGGAACAUUCUAUUUCAUCAGCAUGCCAAUAGCAUGCCUCACUGCUUUCAAGUUCAACCUACAUACUCAGGGUUUAUGGAUUGGCUUGAUAUGUGCUCUAGAUUGCCAAGCGUCUGGCUCAUUGCUACUGAUAUUGUUGACCAGAUGGAAAAAAGUAGAGGGCUCAACAAAUAGCAAUAGAGAAACUGAACUUCUAGCUUAA